AGCGUCGAGCCAGCUGACUGCUACGUCACUUUCCCUCGACGGUCACAGCAGGAAGACCCUUCACCGGGUGAUUUUUGUUGUGGAUGACACCCUUCCCCGUCCUUUAGCAGGAAAAUGUACUACAAGUUCAGCGGUUUUACCCAGAAACUGACGGGGUCUGCUCCCACGGCCGCCUACAGCCCUCAGGGGCUUAGGCCAAGUGUGCCAGCAGAGUCCCCAGCCAUGAUCUUUGCCACGCCCACCAAGGUGGUGUCAGAGGCUGGGUCCAUGGUGGAGUACAUGGGAGCAAACAAGGUUCCUGACCUCCAGAGGCUUUUCCAGACGUCAGACGGUAUACCCAUUCAUUUGAAGCGUGGAGUCCCCGACAGGCUACUGUACCGCACCACCAUGGCUCUCACCGUAGGAGGCGCUCUCUACUGUCUGGUGGCCCUUUACAUUGCAGCCCAGCCCAGCAAUAAGUGACCAGCACAAAACCCAGGACUUCGCUUCGCUACUGUAAUUCAUCGACCCAACAUUCCCAGCCUCCAUCUGCCUUCGCCAUACCACCUUUUGGGACUCUAAUCGCUGUCAGAACAUCACACUCAAUGAUCACAAUAAUAAUGACUUGUCUUCUUUGUAAAACAAAUGUCUAAAUUAAUAAAUUUUAAGGGGAAGCAAAAGUAAAAGGUGCUCUGAAUUUAA